AUGACCGGUUCUAGCGAAGGAUCUCCGCCAACCAUCUCCGAUAUUGAGCCUUCGCGUGGGGAUGAUCAUGUUGGCGAGAAAGGUGACAAGUCUUCAGCCUCAACGAAAGCACGGAAAUCCAAAAGUCAUGGAUCGACGAGAAGCGGUCAUCACGGUUCUUCCUCUAGCGGUCGUCAUCGUGCCUCCCCGCAUCAAUCCAGCAACAGUGGAUCACUAUACAAGACGCCUGAUUCCACGAGAACUGGCAAAGACAAACUUAGAUUGGCAAACAAGACAAACGGAUCAGAGAUAAUGUCAUCACCACCAUUGAAUUCUCCCGGAGCUCAGAAUGUUUCAGGCUCCAAUAGUCGCGAAAGCAGAAAAGCGGCCAGGAAAAACAGAAAAGGACAACAGCCGUCACCAUCAAUGACUUCUCCUGGGGCUCAAAAUGUUUCGAGCUCGGAUGGGAAUGCCACAAGAAAGUCAUCCAAGUUCAGCAGGGCGAGACAGGCCAACGAUUCAUCAACACCAGUGUUGACUUCUCCGGGCGGUCGGAACAUGUCCUCGAGCUCUGAUGGGGAUGCUAAGAGGAAGGCCUCCAAGGGAGUCAGGAGCAGCAGACAACAAAGAACUCCUGGUAUCACGCAGUCCACCAGGAACAGCAGAGUCAAGGCAAAUGCUGGGACAGAGAUCCGUGCCCCGGCAUUGCUUGGGCCGGUGCAGGCUUCGGAUGCCACGAUGCCGAUGCUCGAGGCUACAGCAGCUCCAGAUGUGGAAGAGCAAAUCGAAGCUGCCCGUAAACAAGCUAGGGAAGAAGGACGAAUGGAAGAACGAAAUGAAAGGACGAGAGAAGAAGAAAGGCAAAGGCAAAGGCAAAUCGGCGAAAUUGAUACCAUCGUUGCUACGCCUCCAGAGGAGAACAAGAUCUCACGAAAAUGCAUGCUGAUUGCUUUGGUCGUAUUUCUGCUUGCUAUUGGUGGUGGAGUUAUAGCUUGGCAAUUGCUAUCUGGAAAAUCAAGCACAAGCGAUGAAGCCCAGCCUCUCAGCAAAUACGAUCCACCUACAGAAGAGGAUUGCCUUUCGGUAUCCCAAGGACUAGGAGUGGAAGGACAAAAUAACACAGCAGCCGAUCAAGUUGGAUUGGAAAUGAAUAUUGUAAUGGCGUCUGAUAUUAAUAUUGAAUUGCUUCGAGGUGAGCUUGAGGCCAAGAUCCAGCAAGAUGUCCUACCACUCCUCGUUGGAUGCGGUAUCGAUAAUGACGUCUCAAUUGAAAACAACGUAUUUAUUCUCGAGAACGCUAAAUUUAACAUGAUCGACAUUGGCGAUCCUAGAGCAUGCAGCACGAAUUUCGAAGAGCUUUGUUCCUCAGCUUAUUUGGAGAUGGAUGUCUUUUCAAAGGAUGACGAUGAACUGGACGAAUCCGUGCUGAGACUAAUUAGGGAUGUCUUUCAAGACGAAGGUACCUUGGAACUGCUGAACUUGGCAUCGCCUGUAAGAGGUAUCGAGUCUACAAGAGUGUUCCAAGUACAAGCAUCCAGCUCCCCGAGCUCAAACCCAUCUAAAGAAGAUGGUGUUGCUGGCGACGAUUCGACAAAUCCAACUGCGUCUCCAUCAACAGUCCAACAAACUGAAUCGCCCUCACGAAAUCCAACGUGGGCGCCGGUCGCCUACCCUACUACCAACGAUCCCACAAGGUCACCGACACUAGCACCGUCAGUGAAUCCAACAUGGGCACCCGUCACAUACCCAACUACGACCGACCCGACAAAAUCUCCGACGUUGGCACCGGCAUUUGAUCCAACAACAGCGCCAGUUACAUUCCCCACAACACAAGCCCCUACCAGCAUUCCGACUCCUGUUCCAACGCUUCAACCUGUGGUUGGUCCAACCUUGGAGCCUACGCCAUUUCCAACACCAAAUCCAACUCUGUCCCCUACCGUGGAAUCCAGUGAAUUGCCAUCAGCUGAUCCAACACCCAAGCCUUCAAUGUCACCAACAGCUGGGCCGACGCCUAGACCUUCAUCUCAGCCAUCUGUGUCACCAACGAUGCAACCCAUUACGCCACUGCCGACAGCAUCACCUUCCACUUCACCUUCCGCUCCACCUAGCGUAACACCAAAACCAUGUUUUCAGACCAGCACCGAGCUCUCGAACCGAGUUGAAGACUGGUUUGAUAAACCUGAAAACAAGGCAUUAACCGAGGAACAAUAUGGACCGAUAGGGGCCUGGUGUUUCGGUGCGGGUGUGACCAGCAUGGAGAAGCUCUUCUCGAGCAUUGAGGUUGAGGACAAUGUAGACUUGUCAUUGUGGGAUGUUUCUUCUGUUAUAACGAUGGAGGAAAUGUUCAGCAAAUCAUCGUUCAAUGGUGACUUGUCGUCGUGGAAUGUUUCAUCUGUGAUGAACAUGCGUGGCAUGUUCAACGAUGCAAGAUCAUUCAAUCAAGACUUGUCAUCCUGGGAUGUCUCUUCUGUGACUGACAUGCGAUCCAUGUUUAAUAGAGCCUCGUCCUUUAAUGGAGACAUAUCGUCAUGGGAUGUUUCGUCUGUCAUAACGAUGGAUCAAAUGUUCGAUGAUGCAACAGCCUUCAAUCAACCCUUGUCAUCAUGGGAUGUUUCGUCUGUCAUAACGAUGGAGCAAAUGUUCAAUGAAGCAAGAGCCUUCAAUCAACCCUUGUCAUCAUGGGAUGUUUCGUCUGUCAUAACGAUGGCGCGAAUGUUCCGACGAGCAUCAUCCUUCAAUCAAGACUUGUCAUCCUGGGAUGUCUCCUCCGUCACAAAAAUGAGAUUGAUGUUCUCAAGUGGUUCAUCCUUCAACGGAGAUAUAUCAUCCUGGGAUGUUUCUUCUGUCACCUCAACGUAUGGGAUGUUCUUGCGAGCAUCAUCUUUCAAUCAGAAUCUUUGCCCAUGGGGCUCGCGCAUUCCAAGCAGUGCUGUUUCUGUUACCGACAUGUUUAACUUUACCAGCUGCCCUUCACAAUCCGAUCCAGACCUCUCUUCGAAUCCACCCGGUCCGUUUUGUUACGAUUGUUAA